UCCGCAACAGAAAAUCUUCAGUUCUAUCUCCUCUAGUGAAAUCUCUCAUUGAAUCCUCUCUCUAUAUAUGUUAUGUGUAUCAGAGACUUCUGUAGUUUCCAUUUCAGUUUAUGAUCUCACUUUGAUUACUAGUUCCCAGUUUUAGAGUCUUUGAUUGAUAAAAAUCUUCACUGAUUGUGAUAUCCCAAAUCGACUUCUUCUCCUUCCACCUCAAUAUAAGUCCAAUAAGUAUUCUGUUUUUUCACAUUAUAAACCAAGUUUUCCUCAAACCCUUUUUGCUCUUUUGCUUUCUGUUCUUGUUUCUGCUCUUCACCUCUCUGUUUUUCUCUGUUUUCCUCUGAGAUGGCUCCCCCUAAUGACCCAGCAAACCCAAUCUUUAAGGUCAUCAAAUCAAGUAUGUUCGACAAGUUAUUUGACUUGUCAGAAGGAAAGUUGUCUGUCAAAGGCUUCCCAGUCCUCUCUGAUGUUCCAAACAAUGUCACUUUCACUCCCUUUCUGUCACUCCGCAAAGCAUCUGAUGCUCCACUUUCACUGCAACAGAAAGUCCAAUCAAACUCUCAAAAGGGUGGGUUUCUUGGAUUCACCAAAAAAGAACCCUCUGACAGGUUGGUGAAUUCAUUGGGUAAAUUCAUUGGGAGGGACUUUUUGAGUAUUUUCAGAUUCAAAACAUGGUGGUCUACUAUGUGGGUUGGGAAUUCUGGGUCUGAAAUACAAAUGGAAACUCAAUGGGUUCUCUUAGAUGUCCCUGAAAUCAAGUCUUAUGUGGUAAUAAUACCAAUCAUUGAAGAGGGUUUUAGGUCUGCUCUUCAUCCUGGCAUUGAUGGGCAUGUCAUGAUUUGUGGUGAAAGUGGUUCUACAGAAGUGAAAGCAUCAGCUUUUGAUGCAAUUGCUUAUGUUCAUGUAUCUGACAACCCAUACAACGUGAUGAAAGAAGCCUAUAGUGCAAUUAGAGUCCAUCUCAAUACAUUCAAAGUUAUUGAAGAAAAAACAGCCCCUGCUCUCGUUGACAAGUUUGGCUGGUGCACUUGGGAUGCAUUUUAUUUGACUGUAGACCCAGUUGGUAUCUGGCAUGGUGUGAAGGACUUUGCAGAUGGAGGUAUCUCUCCAAGGUUUUUAAUCAUUGAUGAUGGAUGGCAAAGUAUCAAUCUUGAUGGAGAAAACCCAAAUGAGGAUGCCAAAAAUCUCGUUCUUGGGGGGACUCAAAUGACUGCAAGGCUUCACAGGUUCGACGAAUGCGAAAAGUUCAGGAAGUACAAGGCAGGCACCAUGUUGGGUCCUAAUGCUCCUUCUUUUGACCCAAAGAAGCCAAAGAUGCUGAUCAAUAAAGCUAUUGAAGUCGAACACGCUGAGAAGGAUCGCGACAAGGCAGCUCAAUCCGGAGUCACCGAUCUUUCCAGUUUCGAAUCCAAGAUUCAGAAGUUUAAAGCAGAAAUAGAUGAGAUGUUUGGAGUAGAAGAAGAAAGCAACACCACAACCAGCAAAGGCUGUGCGAAUUGUUCUUGCAAAGCUGAGAAUUCUGGGUUGAAAGCAUUUACUAAAGAUUUAAGAACAAAAUUUGAAGGCCUUGAUGAUAUUUAUGUGUGGCAUGCACUUUGUGGAGCCUGGGGUGGUGUGAGACCAGGAGCUACUCAUCUUGAUUCAAAGGUGAUUCCAGUCAAAGUGUCUCCUGGACUUGAUGGAACAAUGACUGAUCUUGCUGUUGUGAAGAUUGUUGAAGGAGGAAUUGGACUUGUUCAUCCGGAUCAAGCUGAAGAUUUCUAUGAUUCCAUGCACUCUUACUUGGCCAAAUCCGGCAUUACAGGAGUGAAAGUUGAUGUCAUUCAUACUCUUGAAUACAUUUGUGAUGAAUAUGGAGGCCGAGUUGAGCUUGGCAAGGCCUAUUACAAGGGACUUACAGAUUCCUUGGCAAAGAAUUUCAAUGGAACAGGACUCAUCUCCAGUAUGCAACAGUGCAAUGACUUCUUCUUCCUUGGUACAAGACAGAUUUCAAUGGGAAGAGUUGGUGAUGAUUUCUGGUUCCAGGAUCCAAAUGGGGAUCCAAUGGGGGUGUACUGGUUACAAGGAGUUCAUAUGAUUCACUGUGCUUAUAACAGUAUGUGGAUGGGUCAGAUAAUCCAACCUGACUGGGACAUGUUUCAGUCUGACCACUGUUGUGCUAAGUUCCAUGCUGGUUCGAGAGCCAUUUGUGGUGGUCCAGUCUAUGUUAGUGACUCUGUUGGUGGUCAUGACUUUGAUCUAAUCAAGAAACUUGUUUUCCCUGAUGGAACCAUCCCCAAGUGCCAGCACUUUGCUCUUCCCACCAGAGACUGCCUCUUCAAGAACCCACUCUUUGACAGCAAAACAAUCCUCAAGAUUUGGAAUUUCAAUAAGUUUGGAGGAGUGAUUGGUGCAUUCAACUGUCAAGGAGCUGGUUGGAACCCAAAAGAGCAGAGGAUCAAGGGAUUCUCUGAAUGUUACAAGCCAAUGUCAGGGUCAGUUCAUGUGUUUGACAUUGAAUGGGACCAAAAACCUGAACUAGCUGAGUUGGGUAAGGCAGAGGAGUAUAUAGUUUAUCUAGAUCAAGCUGGGGAAAUUCACUUCAUGACCCCAAAAUCUGAUGCAAUUCAAGUCACUAUCCAGCCAUCUACAUUUGAGAUCUUCAGUUUUGUGCCGCUGAAAAAGGUCGCCCGCAACGCCAAAUUCGCUCCGAUUGGACUGACCAACAUGUUCAACAGCGGAGGAACAAUUCAGGAACUGGAGUACAAUCAAUCUGGUGGUGUCAAGAUUAAGGUUAAAGGUGGAGGCAAUUUCUUGGCCUACUCAAGUGUGGCUCCUAAGAAGUGUAGCUUGAAUGGUGUUGAUGUGGGCUUCCAGUGGCUCACUGGUGGCAAAUUGGGCUUGAAUGUGCCUUGGAUUGAAGAGGCCCUUGGAGUCUCUGAUUUGGUUUUUCAGUUUUAAGUAACUAAUUAUUAACUAAUGGAAAUAAAGACCAUGGGUUUGACAGUUAAAAAUAUUGUAAUGUAAUGGAUGUGUAUAAUAAUACACAUCUCUUCUAUUAUUAAGUCAAGUAAGCUGCAGAUAAAUUGCAGCUGCUUUAUUAUGUGUAUUUUUGGUUCAAUUUAAAUAACAAAUUUUCAAUUGUAUAA